AUCGUUAGCAUUGUUUACAGCAGAGUGAAAAGCAUCAACCCUCCCCCACCCGGCUUUACCAGCCUCUGCGCCCUGACAUGCUAGCCAGCUAUCCGCUGUAAAAGCGACCAUAGAGCCUUAAAAUCCCGCGGAACACAGAGGGCAUCCUGGAUGAGACAUACCCAUCCAGAACACACCAGAAACGGCCUUUAUGGGACGCUUGUUCGGUGGAUAUUACGACGCGAUGGGCAGCAGCUAGCGGGCAGUCCAAAGCUAGCUGCAGCUAGCUGGUCGGCUAGCCGGGGUAGGAGCUCCGCAGACCCGCAUUUAACUCGGUUUUUUUUGCCUUUUUGAAGCUAGUUUCCGUGCCAUGUCAUCUUUAAUUUAACCUAUAUAUUUUUUAUAUGUGUUAAGUUAAAUGAUCAAGGGAACGGCUUUGUUUUUGGGAUAUGUAGGUCAGUGAAUAACCGAUGAUAGUUAUGUGGGUCAUCAUCGGGUCGACCUGUUAGCAGGAACAGCAGGUUAGCACGGCAGCUAGUUGGAUGAGGAUAGUUUUAUGAUUAUUUAUCUGUCACUUAAAACAGAAAGGCAAUACAUACACAUGCUUGUGUUGGUGAGGAUUACUCUGCAGAUUGUGUAUGUGAGUAUAGCAUCGAGUGGAGCCUUUUAAUUGUUCAUAUUUUGGAGUCUUCGCUGACCAUCUUCGGCUAACUUAGCUAGCUUAGCUGUUAGCUAAGCUAGCCGAGCAGCUUCACUAAUUCACCAGGACUCAUCGGGAUCAUGCUGAGCGUGGCGCCGUGGUUCCUGCGUGCCUAGCCGCGGCGCUGCAGCACAACGAGGACUGUUUUCGGGGCUGUUUGGUGAGCGGAGUGAUGGCGUUCCACGGCGCCGGCCGGCAGACCGUUUGUGGAGACUUGUUUCCGGGCUCUGAGCUGGGCCACAAGUAUUUCUGCGUCAACUCGUCGUGCGGAGCCCCCUCCACUGGCCUCAGCGCCACACCGUGCCUGACCGGACCCACCGCGCCGGCCGGGACGCCGCGGCACCCCACGGCUCUGGGAGGGAGCGCCGGCGGGGGGGCGGCCGUGCCUCAGCCCUACAGCAACCCGGCCAGCGAGGUGCCCAGCCCCGCAGAGAUGGAGCCAGACCGCCCCAUCGGCUAUGGCGCAUUUGGUGUUGUCUGGUCGGUCACUGAUCCGCGUGACGGCCGUAAAGUGGCUUUGAAGAAGAUGCCGAACGUCUUCCAGAACCUGGUCUCCUGUAAGAGGGUCUUCAGAGAGCUGAGGAUGCUGUGCUUCUUCAAACAUGACAACGUUUUGUCAGCUCUGGACAUUUUGCAGCCUCCACAAAUCGACUGCUUCGAGGAAAUCUACGUGAUAACAGAGCUGAUGCAGAGCGACCUCCACAAAGUGAUCGUGUCUCCUCAGCCUCUCACCACCGACCACAUCAAGGUCUUCCUCUAUCAGAUCCUCCGAGGUCUGAAGUACCUGCACUCUGCCGGGAUCCUGCACAGAGACAUCAAACCUGGAAACCUGCUGGUCAACAGCAACUGCCUGCUCAAGAUCUGUGACUUUGGCCUGGCGCGGGUGGAGGAGCCCGACCCGUCCCGUCACAUGACCCAGGAGGUGGUGACGCAGUACUACCGAGCGCCGGAGGUGCUCAUGGGCUGCCGGCACUACGGCUCGGCCAUCGACGUCUGGUCAGUGGGCUGCAUCUUCGCAGAGCUGCUGGGACGCCGCAUCCUCUUCCAGGCUCAGAGCCCCAUCCAGCAGCUGGAUCUGAUCACAGACCUGCUGGGAACGCCUCCUCUGUCGGCCCUGGCGUCGGCCUGCGAAGGAGCCAGAGCCCACAUCCUGAGGGGGCCACACAAACCGCCGUCGCUGUCGGUGCUCUACAUGCUGUCUGACGGAGCCACUCACGAGGCCGUGCACCUGCUCUGUCGGAUGCUGGUCUUCGACCCGAAUAAACGGAUCUCCGGCAGCGAUGCCCUGUCCCACCCCUACCUGGACGAAGGGCGCCUGCGGUACCACACCUGCAUGUGCCAGUGCUGCUACUCGGUGCCCAGCGGGCGCGUUUACACGCGGGACUUUGAGCCGGUCGCCGAGCGCCCGUUCAGCCACAGCUACGAGAACAGCCUGCUGUCCGUGUGGCAGGGGAAAGAGUUAAUCCAUCGCUUCAUCACGGAGCAUCAGCAGGGCAAACGAGUGCCGCUGUGCAUCAACCCUCAGAGUGCUGCCUUCAAGACCUUCAUCAGGUCCACUGCAUGGCACUCGUCCAAGGUGUCCAGGAAGGAGGAGAGAUGAAGGGCCCCUCCUCUUCCUCCUCAGGAGUGACAGCACAGUUUGAGGAAGGAUUUCAUCAGCCACGAAGAUACUGAGGAGUUUGGGUCUUUUUCCUUUCUGUUUGGUUCCCCUGACGAGAUGAAGAGGACAGACCCCCCCUCUCCUAAACAGCUGACCUACCCGAGCUCCUCCUGAAGAUUCCUCCUUGUCCCUCCUCCUAAUCUACUAAGUUUCAGCUUCACUCUUUUUAUUUAUUUUUUUUUAGACGACCCAAACUGCUCGAGGUGUUUUCCGGUGCUGAAUUUAAAAAAAAUAAAUUUAAAUAAAUCUGCUGAAGUGCUUGUGGAGGAAUGAGCGAGAAGAGGAACUCGGUACUAGAUUGGAUUUCCCAUCAAUGUUCGUAGAGACAUUAAGAAAAUAAUGGUUUUUAAUUGUUUGGUAGAACUGUUGCUUAGUUGAUUUUUUUGAAGUCAUUCCAGCCCUGUGCAAUAUGGUUUAAUUUAACCGGGCGAUGAACUCGACACGGACGCCGUGCACCAGUUCGGAGCUCCCCAAACACAACGACAUUAACCGCCAAACGCCGCCAAGGGGUUCUGUCUUUAAAAACACAUCACUCACUGUGUUUUCGCCGCGCGUCGGUGCAGCGUUAAUAAUGCAAUCUAACAGAUGUAGCAGGUUUUAACCACAGUCACAACCACCCACCUCCCCCAUCCACUCAGCUUUGUUUGUAUUUUGGUGAGCGGUGGCCGGUCCUGGGUCAGUGUUGUGUGUUGUCCUCAUUCAGCAGGACGGACUUUAAUCAGGAGACCAAUCUGGAACUCGUCCCCACAGUUUUUAAAGUCUGAUGUCAUCAAAAUCGUGUGAUCGUUAACCUUUUUUAUUUUGAAAGCUACGCGACAGGAAAGUUUCCCCCCUGUAGAUCGUUUGCUCUGGUCUGAAUCAGCUGAUGAGUUUGUAAUCAGCUGAUGAGUUUGUAAUCAGCUGAUGAGUUUGUAAUCAGCUGAUGAGUUUGUAAUCAGCUGAUGAGUUUGUAAACUCGGCUCUGCUCACCGAGACUCGGCUCUGCUCACCGAGACUCUGUUCACCGAGACUCUGUUCACCGAGACUCUGUUCACCGAGACUCUGUUCACCGAGACUCGGCUCUGCUCACCGAGACUCGGCUCUGCUCACCGAGACUCUGCUCUGCUCACCGAGACUCUGCUCUGCUCACCGAGACUCGGCUCUGCUCACCGAGACUCUGCUCACCGAGACUCUGCUCUGCUCACCGAGACUCUGCUCUGCUCACCGAGACUCUGCUCUGCUCACCGAGACUCGGCUCUGCUCUGCCCGGGUCUGUCUCCAGCUUUUGUGGUGGAGUACAGAGUUUAGCAGCGUUCUCGUCUGCCCAGACGAACCGCACCAGCGCCACACUGAUGUCGUGAAGUGGCGCCGAUUCGUACGGCAUUAUUGGCUCGUUAUCAAGACGCACACUCGCUUUUUAGCGUGUUCAUCAACACCGUUUGGCCUCCGUUGACUUACCUUGUGAUUGUGGUGAAUUGACGCCAUAGAGAGUAGAAUGAAAGGGGGAGAAUCUGUAGGGAGGUUGAUCGGGGGGGGAGGAUGGGUCAAACACAGGACUCUCACCAGGAGACCGGGGAUCAGGUCCUGUUACCUAAACUCAACCCGUCCGCUGUAUACGGCGCUUAAAACGUGUACAGAUAAUAACGUCCGCUGUAUACAGCGUAGACAUCCACGCAGAGAGCUCAAAAUGCGUCCAGAUAACACGCCACGUGGCUUUAGAAAGUGGGCGUGUAUGUUUACGAGAAGUCAUGAUGUCAUGUUGCCAGCGGGGCAAACCAACUCUAGUGUGAUUCAGCCAGCGGGGCAAACCAUCUCUAGUGUGAUUCAGCCAGCGGGGCAAACCAUCUCUAAUGUGAUUCACCCAGCGGGGCAAACCAUCUCUAGUGUGAUUCACCCAGCGGGGCAAACCAUCUCUAAUGUGAUUCAGCCAGCGGGGCAAACCAUCUCUAAUGUGAUUCAGCCGAACUAAACGAGGCGGGUGUGUAGCGGUUCUGCAGAUGAAAAGAUGCCCAAACUAUGAGUGUUCGGCAGCUCUUUGUGUUUUCUUCUCCUUCCCGUCUCGACAUUAAAUAAUUUCCUGCCGACGUCUUUCUGCCGCGACUUGUUUUUCGGAGAGAGAAACCGAUAAAGCAACAUUUAACAAAAAACAAAAAAAAAUCUUAAUUUAUUGAGUGUUUGUUGAAGAGUGUCUCCAGCCUUUUUUUAGUUUUAAGCAGUUACCUCAAAACCCCCGAAAGAUAUCUGUGAAGUGAACUCUUCCCGUCAUUCCUCCAGAUUCUUCUUCUGUGACCUCGCUCCUCGUCUGUCGCCGCGGCGCUCAGAGAGAAGCAUGUUGUCGGUGAGAUGCUGCUGCUGCUUGUUGUGAGCUCCAGGCUCAGGUGUCCCGUCUGUAGACUGAGCUCCAGGCUCAGGUGUCCCGUCUGUAGACUGUGAGCUCCAGGCUCAGGUGUCCCGUCUGUAGACUGUGAGCUCCAGGCUCAGGUGUCCCGUCUGUAGACUGUGAGCUCCAGGCUCAGGUGUCCCGUCUGUAGACUGUGAGCUCCAGGCUCAGGUGUCCCGUCUGUAGACUGUGAGCUCCAGGCUCAGGUGUCCCGUCUGUAGACUGAGCUCCAGGCUCAGGUGUCCCGUCUGUAGACUGUGAGCUCCAGGCUCAGGUGUCCCGUCUGUAGACUGUGAGCUCCAGGCUCAGGUGUCCCGUCUGUAGACUGUGAGCUCCAGGCUCAGGUGUCCCAUCUGUAGACUGUGAGCUCCAGGCUCAGGUGUCCCGUCUGUAGACUGUGAGCUCCAGGCUCAGGUGUCCCGUCAGUAGACUGUGAGCUCCAGGCUCAGGUGUCCCGUCUGUAGACUGAGCUCCAGGCUCAGGUGUCCCGUCUGUAGACUGAGCUCCAGGCUCAGGUGUCCCAUCUGUAGACUGUGAGCUCCAGGCUCAGGUGUCCCGUCUGUAGACUGAGCUCCAGGCUCAGGUGUCCCAUCUGUAGACUGUGAGCUCCAGGCUCAGGUGUCCCGUCUGUAGACUGAGCUCCAGGCUCAGGUGUCCCGUCUGUAGACUGAGCUCCAGGCUCUGGUGUCCCGUCUGUAGACUGUGAGCUCCAGGCUCAGGUGUCCCGUCUGUAGACUGUGAGCUCCAGGCUCAGGUGUCCCGUCUGUAGACUGAGCUCCAGGCUCUGGUGUCCCGUCUGUAGACUGUGAGCUCCAGGCUCAGGUGUCCCGUCUGUAGACUGUGAGCUCCAGGCUCAGGUGUCCUGUCUGUAGACUGUGAGCUCCAGGCUCAGGUGUCCCGUCUGUAGACUGUGAGCUCCAGGCUCAGGUGUCCCGUCUGUAGACUGUGAGCUCCAGGCUCAGGUGUCCCGUCUGUAGACUGUGAGCUCCAGGCUCAGGUGUCCCGUCUGUAGACUGUGAGCUCCAGGCUCUGGUGUCCCGUCUGUAGACUGUGAGCUCCAGGCUCAGGUGUCCCGUCUGUAGACUGUGAGCUCCAGGCUCAGGUGUCCCGUCUGUAGACUGAGCUCCAGGCUCAGGUGUCCCGUCUGUAGACUGUGAGCUCCAGGCUCAGGUGUCCUGUCUGUAGACUGUGAGCUCCAGGCUCAGGUGUCCCGUCUGUAGACUGUGAGCUCCAGGCUCUGGUGUCCCGUCUGUAGACUGUGAGCUCCAGGCUCAGGUGUCCUGUCUGUAGACUGUGAGCUCCAGGCUCAGGUGUCCCGUCUGUAGACUGUGAGCUCCAGGCUCAGGUGUCCCGUCUGUAGACUGAGCUCCAGGCUCUGGUGUCCCGUCUGUAGACUGUGAGCUCCAGGCUCAGGUGUCCCGUCUGUAGACUGUGAGCUCCAGGCUCAGGUGUCCCGUCUGUAGACUGAGCUCCAGGCUCAGGUGUCCCGUCUGUAGACUGUGAGCCACGUAAGGACCAGUACUGAUCCUCAGUAAAUAAGUUCAGCAGAAGAUGUGAAAUGCAUCCCAAAUUUCUGUCGUGUAAUAUGAAAGACAUCUGUAAUAUGAAUACAUCUAACAUCUGAUUGGCUUAGGCUCCUCCAGACCAAUCACAGUGCUGGGUUUCUACCUGUUAAACUCUUAAGUACAGACUCACCAAAUGACCCUCAAAGUUUGGGUUUAAGUUCAGUGAACAGGAACGGGCAAAGACGGGAAACUAGCUGCUAGGUGAUGCGUUCAAAGAGGCUCGGGGCGCUGCCAGGACUCAGAGUGACUGCAGGUCUCUCUGGUAAACUUCCUGGUUAAGAUGAGCUCUUUUAUGGUGAAUGAAAGGCUCGAUCCCACCAAGUAGAUCAUCCAAUCAG